AGCUCCCGCAUAUAUAGAGAGAUCGUCAAUUGCCGUCUUAACGGGAAAAAGGUUGCAAUUAAGCUGCUAAAAAGACACAAUUCAACAGGAUAUAUGAAGAACAAGUGAAAGGUUAGGUGGUUCAGUCAGAAUGGAUUCUUCUUGCAACUGCAUAGAGCCACAAUGGCCCCCGGAUGAUCUGUUGAUGAAAUAUCAAUAUAUUUCCGACUUCUUCAUUGCACUUGCUUAUUUUUCGAUUCCUUUAGAGCUUAUAUAUUUUGUCAAGAAAUCUGCCGUGUUUCCAUAUAGAUGGGUGAUUGUGCAGUUUGGUGCCUUUAUAGUACUUUGCGGAACAACGCAUCUCAUUAACUUGUGGACUUUUACAUUGCAUACAAGAACUGUGGCAAUGGUGAUGAUGACUGCAAAGGUUUUUACUGCCGUGGUAUCAUGUGUAACUGCCUUGAUGCUGGUUCAUAUUAUUCCUGAUUUAUUGAGUGUUAAAACUAGAGAAUUAUUUCUGAAGAAUAAGGCCGCGGAGCUUGAUAGAGAAAUGGGUCUGAUUCGUACGCAAGAGGAAACAGGUCGACAUGUUAGGAUGCUCACUCAUGAGAUCAGAAGCACUUUGGAUAGACAUACGAUACUGAAAACCACUUUAGUUGAAUUGGGUCGAACAUUGGCACUAGAAGAAUGUGCCCUGUGGAUGCCGACACGAACUGGGCUAGAGCUCCAACUUUCGUAUACUCUUCGUCAACAAAAUCCGGUUGGGUACACUGUACCAAUCCAUCUUCCUGUGAUCAAUCAAGUAUUUAGUAGCAGUCAUGCGGUGAAAAUAUCUCCUAAUUGUCCGGUGGCAAGAAUACGCCCUGCUGGGAAGUACAUGCCUGGGGAGGUGGUUGCAGCUCGUGUCCCGCUCCUGCAUCUCUCUAACUUUCAUAUUAACGAUUGGCCGGAACUUUCAACAAAAAGAUAUGCUUUGAUGGUUUUGAUGCUGCCUUCAGAUAGUGCAAGGCAAUGGCAUGUCCACGAGCUGGAGCUUGUUGAAGUAGUUGCUGAUCAGGUGGCUGUGGCUCUUUCGCAUGCUGCAAUUUUAGAGGAGUCAAUGAGGGCUAGGGAUCUUCUUAUGGAGCAGAAUGUUGCUCUUGAUCUGGCCAGAAGAGAAGCAGAGAUGGCAAUCCGUGCUCGAAAUGAUUUUUUGGCUGUUUUGAAUCAUGAGAUGAGAACCCCAAUGCAUGCAAUUAUCGCUCUAUCUUCUUUGUUGCAAGAAACUGAGUUAACACCCGAACAACGUCUGAUGGUUGAAACCAUUCUUAAGAGUAGUAACCUUCUUUCUACUCUAAUAAAUGAUGUGUUGGAUCUUUCGAGGCUUGAAGAUGGCAGCCUUCAACUAGACCUUGGAACUUUUAACCUUUAUGUUGUAUUCAGAGAGGUUCUUAACUUGAUCAAGCCCAUUGCGUCGGUUAAAAAGCUUCAUGUUUCAUUAAACCUGGCUCCUGACUUACCCGAAUAUGCCAUCGGUGAUGAGAUGCGCCUGAUGCAAACGAUUCUAAAUGUUGUCGGUAAUGCUGUGAAGUUUUCAAAGGAUGGCAGUAUUACAAUCACGGCUUUUGUUGCAAAAGCAGAAUUACUGAGUGAUUCUCGAAACCCUGAAUUUUUCCCUGUGCCUAGCGAUAAUCACUUUUAUUUGCGUGUACAGGUGAAAGAUUCAGGCAUUGGGAUUAGCCCACAAGAUCUUCCCAAGUUAUUUACCAAAUUUGCUCAAAAUCAAUCAACAGCAACACAAAAUUCUGGUGGCAGUGGAUUAGGCCUUGCAAUUUGCAAGAGGUUUGUAAAUCUCAUGGAGGGACAUAUUUGGAUCGAGAGUGAAGGUCUUGGUAAGGGAUCUACUGCUAUCUUCAUGGUAAAACUCGGUAUCCCAGAACGGUUGAAUGAAUCCAAACUUGCCUUCAUGCCUAAAGUACCACCAAAUCACGGUCCAACAGCUUUUCCUGGGCUUAAAGUUCUGGUUAUGGAUGAGAACGGAGUUAGCCGGAAGGUGACCAAGGGGCUUCUUGUGCAUCUUGGCUGUGAUGUAACGAUGGUGAGCUCGAGUGAGGAGUGUUUGCGUGUGGUUUCUAACGAGCACAAGGUUGUUUUCAUGGACUUUUGUACUCCCGGUAUGGAUGGUUAUGAAAUCGCGAUCCGCAUGCACGAGAAGUUCACAAAACGCCACGAGAGGCCGAUAAUAGUAGCGCUCACUGGAAACACGGACAAGGUGACGAAGGAGAGCUGCAUGAGGGUUGGUAUGGAUGGUGUUAUAUUGAAACCAGUUUCACUUGAUAAAAUGAGGAGUGUUUUAUCGGAUCUUCUGGAGCACCGAGUUCUUUUCGAGGCAAUAUAAACGGAGACGAGAGUUUCGGUUGACGGACCGAUGAUGGCGAAAUCGGAGGCCAUGGAAGAAUUUCUCUUGGGUGGCGUACAUAGCAGGCAAAAGCAGAGCAUUUGAAAGGGAAAUUUUUUUGUGGGGUUUCUUGUGCAAGCAUGCAAUGCAAAGGGGAUUU